AUGUCCUCAUCUGAUUCUGAUUCAACGAGUGAUGAUGAUUUUAUCAUUGGGGUGCUUCAGGUGUUACCGAGACCACGAUCUUUUCGUGAUAGAUCCAAUCCAUUUACCGAAUAUGAUGAUACAGAUUUUAAACAGCGAUUCAGGUUGUCUAAAACAAUGUUUAUCGAAUUACUAGACAUGGUUCAAGAUCAUUUAUGUCAAAAUACACAAUGCAGUAUGUCAUUAUCACCAAUAUUGCAGCUUCUGAUUGCACUUAGAUAUUAUGCAACUGGUGUUUUUCAGGCAGUUCUAGGAGACCAUAUACGAAUCCAUAAAUCAACAGUGUGCCGUAUUGUAAAAAAAGUGUCAACAUGUAUUGCAUCACUAAAACCAAAAUACAUUCAAAUGCCAAAAACAGAAGCUGAUAGAAAAGUAGUCUAUGAAGAUUUCUAUAAAAUGCGCCAAUGUCCUAAAGUCAUUGGAGCAAUAGAUUGUACACACAUCAGAAUCCAAUCACCCAAUAAAAAUAUAGGAGAAAGAUUCCGCAACAGAAAAGGCUAUUUUUCUAUCAAUGUUCAAGCCGUAUGCAACAGUAAUUUGCAGUUCAAAAAUAUUGUGGCUCGAUGGCCUGGUUCAGUUCAUGACUCAACAAUAUUCGACAAUUCUUUAUUAAGAGCACAAUUUGAGAAUAAUGAAUUUGGAGAUGCUGUAAUGGUAGGAGAUGGAGGUUAUGCUUGUCGUAAUUAUAUGAUGACACCUCUUUCCAACCCUGUUACUGAAGCAGAAAUACGAUAUCAAAAAGCACAAAUUGGCACAGGAAAUGUCAUCGAACGAACAUUUGGUGUUUGGAAAAGACGGUUUCCUGUGUUAUUAGUUGGAAUUCGAACUCAAAUCCCAACUACUCUUGUAACUAUUAUAGCUACAGCAGUAUUGCAUAAUAUGCUUAUCAACUCAAAUGACCCUCUACCUGUAGACGAAACUCUAUUAAUUGAAGAUUUGCGUCAACAAGUUCCUGUAUUUCUUGUUCCCCAAACUGGAAACAUAAAACGCAGAACAUUAAUUGACACAGUGUUUAUUUAA